AUGCUCGCACACGACCCACGGCGGUCAUCGACGUUUGCGAAUGCGUCAGGUCCUACGAAUUCGGGGCUGUUUUACCCUGUCGCAUACACUGGGCCCAUAACCGAAGAACGACUUCCACCACCACCGAGUCAGCCUCCGCCGCCUGUACCGCCGCAUAUGUCGUCUCCUUUGUAUGGAACUGUUACCGACAACGGCGUGAAGCAUGGUCAGGAGGGGCUAGGAUUGGGGUUGAGGAGUUCGGUACCGCCUGUACGAUAUGUUUUGAGGGUGGACCAAGAUGCUUCGUCGCCUGGUACGGGAGAGGAUGGGGAGGGGGAUGAGACGACCUGGGUUCCUGUUGUACAGCUCAACACUCCCUUUCCGUAUCGCAAUGCGCUGGCGAGUCUGAGCGCAUACAGUCUCAGUGUUCCGACGUCUGGCAACAACUCGAUGGUGAACUUGACGAGUGACGGUCCAUCGCAGAGUCAAGUGUCGAUACCGAAGUUUACGGAGGAGUUUUCGAGUAAGGCGAGUACAGAACCAAGCUUGGGGCCUGCGGCGCAGAGGCAUACAAUUCGGCUGAUUACACCGCAUUUACGACUUGAUCGUGCGACGAUUACGUAUAGUAUCGCCAAACGACAUCGGACGCGCCGGUUGUAUCGGUUCGUGAUCGCGAUCGGGUUCUUGUUUCCGCCCUUGUGGAUUUUGUUUGGGUGGAGAAUGUUGAAUGAUUAUCUUCCGAUCAUACCGCUGAGUCAGGGGAAGGAGGGAGGGUUGGGUGAGGUUGAUGUCAAGGUUGUGCAGGAGAUGAGGAGGGAGAGGGUAAGAUGGAUGCGCAUUGCGAGGGUGUUGGCGGUGUGUGCUGGUGUCGUUGCGGUUGCCGGCGUUAUUGUGGGGAUCGUCGCCGCGGCGAUGGUAGGCAGUGGUGCGUAG